CUCAUCCUGGCGCACAUUUUCAGAGCUUUACCAAUACUUUCACGCUCGCCACUUCUAGUGACAAUGGCUAUAGCAAACUCUGCAUCUUCACCGGCGCCAUGGCAUGCUGCGUACCCAGCACCCAGGAACUCACAGCCGGAAGCUAUCCGUCGAGAAGACGUAUUGGAGAUAAUGAAGCUUGGGCAAAAUAAGGCUGGUAAAGAUUAUGUGCUGGUAGAUUUACGCCGCAACGAUCAUGAGGGUGGGACUAUCCACGGCUCGAUCAAUCUUCCCGCGCAGAACUUAUACCCUACCAUACCUACUUUGUACGCUAUUUUCAAAGCUGCUGGCCUGAGUAAAAUCAUCUGGUAUUGCUCAUCUUCUAAAGGACGGGGCACCCGAGCUGCCAGCUGGUUCGCUGAUUAUAUCGAGGACCAGAAAGAUGAACAGAUGCAGAGUCUAGUGCUGGUCGAGGGUAUCAAGGGAUAGGCAAAAUCCGGUGGGGAGUAUGCGCAGUGCAUGGACGAGUAUGACGACGAGUUCUGGGCGAAGGCCUGAGGGUCUUAAGCCACGUGGGUGGCUAUGGCCAAUGGGAGUGCAGUAUGAGUGCAACUGGUGUCUCAAAACGUUUAGAUGGUUAGUGGAAUUUGAACCGCGUUCGACAAGGCUG